AUGUGUAUGGUUAUAUUUGCUCCGAUUUUUGCCAUCUGUGCUUUCGCAACAUGUGGAGGAUACUAUGGACACCUCCAGGUUAAAGUGGACUGUGCAGACAGGAGGCAGAGCAACCUCAGCAUCAACAUUGAUUUUGGCUAUCCUUUCAGAUUACAAGAAGUGCAUUUCAAGGCUCCCUCAUGUGAGACUAAGAGAGAAGAGAUUCUUUUCCUGGAUGGUGACUUUUCCUCAGCCGCCCAGUUUUUCCUGACUGUGGGUGUUUUUGCUUUCCUGUACUCUCUGCUGGCAACCAUUGUCUACGUCUUCUACCAGAACAAGUACCUGAAGAACAACAGAGGCCCACUUGUGGAUUUUGUUGUUACAAUCAUCUUCUCCUUCAUGUGGUUGGUGAGCAGCUGUUAUUGGGCUAAAACUCUUUCUGAUAUCAAGAAGGCUACAAACCCAACACAGGUGCUUCUGCUGAUCACAGCUUGCAGAGCUCAGGAGAACAAAUGUACAGCUACCCAGGAGCCUCUCUGGUCACGUCUUAACACAUCUGUGGUUUUUGGUUUUGUAAAUGUCAUCCUCUGGGUUGGAAAUAUCUGGUUUGUCUUUAAAGAGACAGGUUGGUACAAGACAGGUCAGAGAUAUCCAACCAGGAGUGCUUCUGGGAAACGUGCCAGUGAAAUGCGACAGCGGCUCUACAAUGAGAGCAGCUUCGACCAGCCAGAGGAGAGCUUUGGUCCACAACUCUCCCGACAAGACAGUUUCAAUCAGUCAAAGGGGGGGUUUGGUCAGCAGGUCCACAGACAGGUUAGCUUCAACCAGUCACAAGUAAACCUGAGCUUACCGCAUGCAUAUCUUGGCAAACCGGUAAUUUAUGACAGGGAGAAUAUGGUGGGUUCUGAAGGGCCAAAGAUAUUUGUCAAUGAGAUGUGA